AUGCGUGAGGAGUUUGACGCCCUGCAGCGCAACCGUACGUGGCAGCUUGUCCCGCGGCCACCCCAUGCCAAUGUCAUCACUGGCAAGUGGGUCUUCCGCCACAAGACUCGUCCCGACGGUUCUCUCGAGUGCUACAAGGCGCGUUGGGUGGUGCGCGGUUUUCGCCAGCGCGCCGGCGUGGACUUCACUGAUACCUUCGCCCCGGUUGUUAAACCGGGCACGAUUCGCGCCAUUCUCCAGCUUGCUAUUUCUCGCGCUUGGCCUGUCCACCAGCUCGAUGUGUCUAAUGCUUUCUUGCAUGGCCAUCUCGACGAGCAGGUGUUCUGUCAGCAGCCGACUGGUUUCGUCGACACCGACUAUCCGGACCACGUGUGCUUGCUCUCCCGUUCUCUCUACGGGUUGAAGCAGGGCCACGCCACCGCGUACCUCCUCCUGUACGUCGACGACAUCAUCCUGACUGCGUCCUCGCCAGCGCUUCUUCAGCAGAUCACAGCUCGCCUCGGCACCGAGUUCGCCCUCAAGGACUUGGGGGCUCUUCACUACUUCCUCGGCAUCGAGGUAGUGCGCCGGGCUACUGGCUUCUUUCUGCACCAGCAGAAGUACGCCUAUGAGCUUCUGGAGCGCGCGGGCAUGCUUAAUUGCAAGCCUGCUUCCACGCCUGUCGAUACGAAGGCUAAGGUGCCCGCCGUCGAGGGCUCUCCGGCGUCCGACGCUCCCUUCUACCGCUCCAUUGUCGGUGCGCUUCAGUACCUCACACUGACGUGUCCGGACAUUCAGUAUGCUGUCCAGGAGGUGUGCCUUCACAUGCAUGCUCCUCGUGACACCCAUUGGGCUCUCGUGAAACGUAUACUUCGGUACAUACGUGGCACCACAGCCAUGGGUCUCACCCUGACGGCCUCGCUCGACACCAGCCUUGUCGCCUACUCCGACGCCGACUGGGCUGGGUGUCCCGACACUCGACGCUCCACUUCCUACUGCGUCUACCUCGGGCCCUCUCUGAUUUCGUGGUCGCCUAAAUGA